UACAAUGCAAAAACAUAUCGAUAUCGUCUUACGCUGUUUGGUGUACUGCAUUUUCUUCUAGUAACACUGAUAUAUGCAAUAUCUUUUAAUCAACAUUUUGAGACGUCUCCAGUAUUAGAGUUCUUAGAUGUGGUAUCGCCAUUUUUGAGACGACUAACCCAACUACAAUUACUUUUUGGAUUAAAAAUAUUUCUAUAUAAUAUAUAUGAAAUGCGAAUGGUUAAUCGUGUCACCAAUGGAGUUGCAGAAAUGCUUUCUUCCAUAAAACUGAAAACAACUCUAACAUAUUGGAAAGAAUUCAUUUCUUACAGUUUACUAUUUUCAACAUUUUUGUUAUCUAUUGGAUUUGGUUUAUAUAUAGCCUAUGAAAUGGAAUUCAUAUUGCCACCAUUGGAUCACAUACUUGUAGGAGUUGCGUUAUUUAUUCCGCAUUUUAUGUUAGCAGGGGCCGUUAGAUAUUUUACAGUUGGGCAAUGGUUAUUUCGUGAAAUACUACAUACAGUGGAAAUUAACUUUAAUGAAGUAACAACGUUUGAUAUUAAUAUCAAAAAGUCAGGUUCUCUGGAGACUUUUGUUAAUAAUAAUACAAAGUCAGACAGAGACUUUACAUUACGAAAACAACUAUUAAUGUUAGUUGUAUUGAAUAGUAAUUGUCUAUUAGCUGGAGUAUAUUCCAUUAUCUAUUUCAAGACCUACUGGUAUAUCAUGUUCGGAGAACGUGCGGAACGUGCAUUUUAUGCUGCCAUUUAUGGGAUUUUUGUGUUUAUUGUUUGCGAUUAUAUAUGUAUAUUGUUUUCCGAAAUAUCUUUCAAUAAUGUGUUGCAGUUUCUAAUCACUUUAGUUAUUUCUAUUAUAGUUAUUUAUCAAUAUUUAAAUGAUAAAAUAAAGUUGCUGGAUGAUCGCAUUGAUGGAUCUAAUAGUGUGGAAGAGGAAUAA